AUGGCGUACGCGUCGGAUUACGGCAGCGUGAAGAAGAUGGCGGAGGGAGUAAACGAUGCCGAGCUACUCAAGGAGAAGGCCAAUAAAUACUUUAAAGAUAAAGACUAUGAAAAUGCCAUCAAGUAUUACUCGGAGGCCUUGGAGCUCAACCCAUCCAAUGCAAUCUACUACAGCAACCGCAGCCUGGCGUACCUGCGCACGGAAUGCUACGGGUACGCCUUGGCGGAUGCCACCAAGGCCCUCGACAUUGACAAGAACUAUAUCAAAGGGUAUUACCGCCGGGCCACCUCCAACAUGGCGCUGGGCAAGUUCAAAGCCGCGCUUAAGGACUAUGAGACGGUAGUACGCGUUCGACCGAACGACAAGGACGCGAAAAUGAAGUACCAGGAAUGUAACAAGAUCGUCAAACAGAAAGCCUUCGAGAGAGCCAUCGCUAGCGACGAGAUCAAAAAGUCGGUGGUCGAUUCGCUUGAUAUUGAAAGCAUGACAAUCGAAGAUGACUACACGGGUCCCAAACUGGAGGAUGGCAAGGUCACCUUGAAGUUCAUGAAAGAAAUGAUGGACUGGUUCAAAGAACAGAAGAAACUGCACAGAAAGUGCGCAUAUCAGAUUUUGGUGCAAGUAAAAGACCUUUUAUCCAAACUACCAAGUCUUGUAGAAGUCACAAUAGAAGCGGCAGAAAAAAUAACAAUUUGCGGCGACACGCACGGGCAGUACUACGAUCUCCUUAAUAUCUUCGAGUUGAACGGCCUACCGGCAGAGAGCAAUCCAUAUCUUUUCAACGGUGACUUUGUAGACCGUGGCUCUUUUUCAGUGGAGGUCAUUCUCACCCUGUUUGGAUUCAAGCUGCUCUUUCCUGACAACUUCCAUUUGCUUCGAGGUAACCAUGAAACGGACAACAUGAACCAAAUGUACGGCUUUGAAGGUGAAGUUAAGGCCAAGUACACCGCGCAAAUGUUCCAGCUAUUCAGCGAAGUCUUCCAGUGGCUGCCGCUAGCCCAGUGCAUCAACAGCAAAAUUCUGGUUAUGCAUGGUGGGCUGUUCAGUGAAGAUGGCGUCACGUUGGAGGAUCUCAGGAAGAUUGAGAGGAACAGACAGCCUCCAGACUCGGGUCCCAUGUGUGAUCUCCUCUGGUCGGACCCCCAGCCUCAGAACGGGCGGUCGAUAAGCAAGCGAGGCGUCAGCUGCCAGUUUGGGCCCGACGUGACGGAGCGCUUCUUGGAUCAGAACAAGCUGGAUUUCAUCAUUCGGAGUCACGAAGUCAAGGCGGAGGGCUACGAGGUCACUCACUCAGGGAAGUGCAUCACAGUCUUUUCGGCGCCCAACUACUGUGACCAGAUGGGAAACAAAGGAGCUUUUAUCCACCUCAGGGGAUCUGAUCUCAAGCCAGAGUUCCACCAGUUCACUGCCGUGCCUCAUCCGAAUGUCAAGCCCAUGGCGUACGCCAACACGUUAAUGCAGCUGGGGAUGAUGUAG